ACGCCUACACCUCACCACGCGAGGAAAGAAAAAAAGCCGGUAAAAUUGCGUGCAAUUUUAGAAUGGCAGCUGAUAAAGUAGGCGUUGAGUAUCUGUCUGCAGGUGCUAACCGCCAAACCGCUGUUGCGGAUUGGGCAGUUGGUGGGAUCCUGGCCUUUGGCGCUGACUCUAACAUUGCUAUUUGGAAGCCUUCAGACCCCUCUGCAAGAGGUAUCUCAAGGCUUCUCGGUGGACAUACCGAGACCGUCAAAACGUUGGCGUUUCUGCCAUCCUCGGACGCAGAUUCAACUCAAUAUCUCGUCAGUGGCAGCGAUGACAAGACGCUCAAAGUCUGGAAGUCAGCAGCUUCGGAUGGAGAUUUCACCAUUGUGCAAAGCUCAGCAGAGCAUACUGGCCCUAUAAACUGUAUCACAACACUCCAGACACAGACUGACAAGUGGAUCAUCGCAUCAGGUGCUGCAGACGCUACCAUCAAGAUCUGGACAUUUGAUGGCAGCACGCUCCAGCUUGUACAAUCCAUCAAGACGACACCUAAAUACUUCGCUCUAUGCAUAUCUCUCACAUUCCUGGACGACAGCCAAGAUGUUUUGGUCUUGGCCUGUGCCGGAACCAAGGACAGUAUUCAGAUCUUGACUUCUGAACUCAAUAGCGAAACAAUACAAUUCACUGUCCAGGCCACCCUCCGCGGACACGAAGGUUGGAUACGAUCUCUCAGCUUUGCGAAAGAAACAUCAGAUCCCAAGAGCGAUCUUCUCCUCGCUUCAGCCAGUCAAGACAAAUAUGUCCGUAUCUGGAGGCUUCACCAGGGCAAGGAACUCCCAGCAGCCGCUGCCACUGGCGCUGAUCCCUCAAGCGAAGCCUACCUCCCUGGCCGUUCGCCUGCUAACAAGGCACAUUGGCUGAACGCAGCGGGAAAGGACUUUUCUGUCACAUUUGAGGCUUUGCUGCUUGGACACGAAGACUGGAUUUAUAGUGUCAGGUGGCAUAUGCAUCCCGAGGGAAAGCUCCAACUCCUCUCUACAUCCGCAGAUAACUCCCUAGCUAUCUGGGAAGCAGAUCCUAGUUCUGGCAUCUGGGUUAGCAUGGUCAGAUUGGGUGAGAUUAGUAGAGAAAAGGGUGCCACAACUGCCACCGGUAGCACAGGCGGUUUCUGGACUGGUCUUUGGUCACCAGACGGCACGUCAGUCGCAUGCCUUGGCCGCACUGGUAGCUGGAGACGAUGGGAGUAUGACAACUCAGAGGAUAGAUGGAAGCCAUGCGUUUCCAUCUCUGGACACACAAAAGCUGUUACUGGCAUUUCAUGGUCCAAGAAUGGAGAAUAUCUUUUGUCUACUAGCUCGGAUCAGACAACUCGUCUGCACGCCAAGUGGACGUCGACAGGUACAUGGCAUGAAAUGUCACGACCUCAGAUUCAUGGUUACGACUUGAACUGUAUCGACUCCCUCGGUGCAGCACAAUUUGUCUCUGGUGCCGAUGAAAAGCUCAUGCGAGUAUUUUCAACACCCAAGGCCGUAGCCAGCAUGCUCCAUCAGCUAGCUGCUAUUGGCGAUAACGCCUCCAUGGAAUCCAUGCCGGACGCUGCCAAUAUGCCUGUCCUUGGUCUAUCAAACAAGGCUAUUGACGCCGUCGAUGAGGACGCUGAGAUUCAAUCUGUCGAUGACCGUGACAGAGAUGCCAUGGACCCUGCCACCAUGGUGAAGAAGUCAUACCUUGACAUCCAGCACCCGCCGUUUGAAGAGACCCUUUCGCGGCAUACGCUUUGGCCCGAGACAGAAAAGCUUUACGGCCAUGGAUACGAAAUCUCCUGCCUUGCAGCUAGUCACGACGGUAAGCUCAUCGCCAGUGCUUGCAAGGCCUCGUCUCUGAACCAUGCCGUCAUCCGCCUUUUUGAGACAGAGCGAUGGACGGAGCUUCGCCCUCCAUUGGCAGCUCACACUCUCACAGCAACAAGACUUCGAUUCUCCACCGACGACAAGUACCUUCUCAGUGUUGGCAGAGACCGACAGUGGGCUGUGUUUGUACGUCAAACUGGUUCUGGGGAUGAAGAAUACAGCCUACUGCAAGCCAAUCCCAAGGGGCACACUCGUAUGAUCCUGGAUUGCGCGUGGGCACCUGCAGCAGACGGCAAAGCGCCUCUAUUUGCUACAGCAGGCCGAGACAAGCAGGUCAGAAUAUGGACCGGCAUGGCGGAUGCUGCUGGAAAGCUGCAGUUUACACAAACCGCGACAAUACCAACGUCUGUCCCCGUUACCGCUAUAGAUUUCCAAUGUCGUACGCAUGGUGGCAACGAUGCCCUUGCCGUGGGUACCGAGGAUGGACGUAUUAACAUCUGCGUUGUUUCCGCUGAUGGCUCCCAAGUAACUCAGCUCCCUAUGGCUGCAGAGUUAUGUCUACCCAAAACGGUUCUGCAGCUUGCGUGGAGUCCAUCAGCUUCAACAAACGAGCUCGCUAUUGCAGGCGAUGACGGUUCUCUACGAUUGUACGCCUUCCGGAAUUCCCAUUUCCAAAUAGAGCCAGCCUCUGCCUAAACGGCUCUAUCUUACUUCAAAAUAUAAUUGAUUCAUGACCCAUUAUCACACAUGCCCCUGUAUCCGGUGUAUCUUGUUGGAUGUAGUAUUAUCAUUACGCCGAGUAGCGGUAUUAAUGUAUAUGUAUGAUUCCCAAAUGUAUAUGCUUCCCAGCAAUCAAGUUCAACGCCACGAACAAAAACAAAGCAUUCCACCAUGCACGUAAAGAGCCCAUGCUUUACAGCUCGCUCUUAACCCGAGCAGCAUCGGCCACAAUCUUGGUCACUUCCGGCAUGACAUUGUUCUUGACAUUAUCCGCCACUGCAGACGUCAUAAUACUGCCAACAGCCGAUCUCGCCGAGGCCAUAACAUCGAUAUGAUCGCCAUUGAUGUAGUACCAGACGCGGCCCGAGAGGAUCGAGAUGUGGUGGGGGAGGUAGAGGAUGGCGGCGAUGAAG